UCUGACAAUUGGAUCGCGAGCUGAUUUAUGGCAUCCAUGGCAAGAAGAAAUGCAGUCGAUUGAUCUUAUGAGCAUUUACAUCCUGAAGAAGACCAAAGCUGAGAGCUUCAAUCCCACUUCGCCAUGAAGGUGGUGGUGUGUUACGCCUAUGUUUUCUUCUUCGUGUUCCUCGCGGGCGCCGUGAAUGCGGCAUCAACCGAGGAAACCCCGAGCGCCGGAAGCAACUCCACAGAGUUCAUACGCAAGUGCUGCGCCGCCACCCUGUACCCGGGCCUCUGCUACACGUCCCUCUCCGGCUACGCCAACGAGGUCCAGCAGAGCACCGUCGAGCUCGCCCACGUCGCCGCCAAGGUCACCCUCGCCCGGCUUCGGUCCACCGCUUUCCACGUCGCAGCGCUCCGCCGCAACGCCACCGGCCCCGAGCGGGGCGCCCUGCGCGACUGCUCUGAGCAGCUGGACGACGCUGCCGAGUGGGCGCGGAACACGGUCAAGGAGCUGAAGGGGCUGGCUGGGGCGGUAGGACCGAAGGUGGCGUCGCGGGUGUCCAACGCCCUGACGUGGAUGAGCGCGGCGCUGACGUGCGAGGAUACGUGCACGGACGGGUUCCUCAUGGUGGCGGCCGGCUCGGUGAAGGCCGACGUCUGCCACCGAGUGCGCAAGGUGGAGAAGUUCACCAGCAACUCCCUGGCGCUCAUACACAGUCUCGGCUUCAACAGAUGAUAAUUGCCUGUCUUCCUUGUUCAUGCCCUCUGCUACUGUCAACAUUUUCGAAGACCAUAAAGUAAUAUUUUGAAUCUCUUA